GCCGACCGAGGUGGCUCCGAGAGCGCGUUUUUUCGUUCUCGCUCAUUUUUUUAACAAGAAAUUUUUUCAUAGUGUCACAUCCGCGUCCAACCAGACCGAGCUCGCAUCUUCGAUCUGCAUCGUUCUCGAACCCGCGGCCGAGAGCACACAGCCAUCGUCGGUCGGCCGUCUCUCGUCGGAGUCUUUGAACUUCAGUGCAGCCAUGUCGUUCGUGCUUGCGUCGCGGUUCCUCAAGCCCGGCACCCCGGCACUCGUCCGGUACACUGGCCUGGUGCUCACCGACUCGAUCAAGAGAUACUCAAGCACCCGCGCUCCCGGCUCUGUCGGAUGCCUCAUCAUCGGCGACGAGAUUCUGAACGGCAAGACCCUCGACACCAAUUCGAACUAUCUUGCCAAAGCAUGCUUCCAGCACGGCCUGGAGCUGAAGCGGAUUGCUGUCGUGCCGGAUGCGCAGGAAGAAAUCGCCGACUCGGUCUUGGAGAUGUCGAGCAAAUACCAAUACGUCUUCACCAGCGGCGGCAUCGGACCAACCCACGAUGACAUCACAUACGAGUCGAUUGCCAAAGCAUUCGAUCUGCCGCUCGUCCUGCAUGAGCCAACGAUCCGCCGCAUGGAAAACAUCAAGUCGGCCCAAACAGGCAAGCGAUGGAUCUUUACCGACGACCCGGCGGACGUUGUCAAGGCCCGCGAGCGCAUGGCGCUGCUGCCAACCGGACCCAAUGCCCGUGUAGAGUACCCAUGCCCCCAUUUGUGGGUUCCGAUCUCUAUUGUGGACAAUGUGCACAUACUCCCAGGCAUCCCAAAGCUCUUUCGUGACCUCGUCGAUGACUACUUCAGAGAUUUCCUUGCAUCCUCACAGCGCUUCCACCGACUGCUCAUCGGGACCGCGCAGCUCGAGUCCACGAUAGCCAAGGCCCUGACGGACAUCCAGGCCGAUGCCAGCCGACAAGAUGUCAAAAUUGGAUCGUACCCGCUGUGGGCGGCGGAGGGUCAGGCUGGCAGGAAUGUUCGGGUGGUUGUCUCGGUUGUUGGGCGAGACCAGGCCUCGGUGGAACAGUGGGCACAGAGAAUCACUGCCGCUGUGGAUGGCCAUCCGUACACUCCGUCCGUCUAGUCCAGCUUGGGUAUUGCGGCUGUAGAAACCACUGCAACUGCGCGCAUGGGACAGUGCUGUCGAGCAUACUUUGCGUCAGA